GUAGCGCUGUACACACAUCUCAGAGGCCACUAGCCACAGAGCCUCCCCAUGCUCUGUUGACCUGGUCCAUUAGACACCAAAGCUAGUCAUGUUUGUGUAGAGAGCACUGGUAGUUGGUGUACCGAGGUACGACACGCAUCUCGUGAUCUCUCUUUUAAUUGCAUUCCAAAAAUUUUGCACAAUUAAUAACUUUGACUAAGGCUCAAGGGUAGUAUAGUUUAGACCUAGAUCUAACUGUUUCCGUCACUGAACCCGUUCCAUUAAAGAUAAGGACUUCAUGACAGCUUGCGCAUGGAUUAUAAAAUUUCUCAGUGAAAAUAAUACAAAUUGUUAUUGAAAGUCAUACACAGAGCUAUAUAUAGCUAGCUAGCUAGAGACAGAGCUAUAGGCUUGUUGUACAGCUAUUUUCUUUCAGUAGCAGUAGUAUAGUAGACUUUCAUUGAAGUUAGUAUUAGAUGGGCGUGGCCUGUCCAUAUAGGCUAUUGUCAGCCCUCACUGCUUUCAGACGAUUAUCAUCCACACUGUUGCUGGUUAUGAGUAUUUUGUUAAGGUUACGGUAUACUAAUUGCUCAUGAAUAAUUCAUAAGAUAUUUAUUUUCUUUAUUUCUCAUCACUACAUUAUUUUUGUAACUAGCAAUGAUUAUCAAUGAAAAGAGAACAUGAAACAAUGCUAGCUAUUAUUGUAGCUAAAAGUAUCUAUGUCUUAUAAUCCAAUGAAGUGGUCUGAGGUCAGCUGGAAAAAACUGAAAAUUUUAGCGUCAAGUUUUAUUGACUGCAUAGCUUCCAGAUUGUCUUUCUGACCAGUAUUCGAUGCCUAAAGACUUACUGGAGGGCGACUUGAAGAGAUCUUGUUUAUAGAGACCUUACAGCAAAAAAUAUAUCCUUGUUACUACUCUACAGUUGCUAUAUUAGCCUACAAAAACAGCUAGAAAUGGCCGUAACUUUGUUUCAACUUACUCUCUUGGGAAAAACUCUUCGAGUCGCCCUGCCCCUUUAUUCGUAUAAUAAGAAACAGCAGACUAUACGGUAAGGAGGGGUUUCCUGAUGCUUAGAAUUGACGCCAAGUGACCAUUGCCAGAUGAGAGCCAUUUUACUAGUGUACUGCAUUGAACACCCACGCAAAUUUGAGCGUGGGUGGAACAGUAUACCGUACCCUUAACAUAGCAGGCUAAGGGUAGCUAUCAGAAUGCUAUCAGAUGGCAACCUUCUAUCGAACUAUCUAUACUGUAUAGCGCGAACUAUUCGAGGAGCUUAAUUUUUGCGGAUUUCGUGGUUUAGCAAUCCUAUACGAAAAUUAAGUCCACGAAAAUUGUUCUUUAAUUAGAAUUAUCUGCAUGCUAUAACGUGCAAAGAUUAAAAGACGUGUCUUCCUGUAAAGCAGUCAUUCCACGAACAUUGUGCAACGAAAUGGUUUUAGAGGCCAUUCCACGAUAUAUACGUAAGUGCCUCGAAAAUUUUGCGCUACACGGUAUAUGACAUCAUUGUUUUACUGAGCAUACACGUUGUUAUCCUGUGUUAGCCGGUAUCUAGCUCUCAGAGGAAGUGCGGCCUGGGAUCGAGGCUAGUGUAUCCCCUGACAUUAGUGUAGAUAGUCAUGUGAUAUUGUAUAAUGAGUGGGUCUGUGAUGAGUGACGGUUCACCUGCUCACACUAUAUUGACUCUGUACAGACUAGUGGAUACACUGAGUUGAUGGUAGCUGCUUAUAAUGGUGAUGUGAGGGCAGUGGAAUUAUUAAUUGCUGCAAAGGCUAGAGUUGACAUUCAAAAGGUGGAUGGUUGGACGGCAUUGCACAUAGCCAGUCAGAAGGGUCACUGUGGAAUUGUUAGAAUGUUGUUGGAGGCCAAGGCUAACGUCAACAUCAAGACUAAUGGCGGACGUACUGCCUAUGAUCUGGCUAGUGGGAAUGGACACACUCAAGUGUGUGAACUACUACACUGACUCUGUACCUUAUUAACUGUACUGUUACCAUGGCAGCUAGCCUCUGAUAGAUACGUAGAUUGCUUUAUAUACACUACAUCAUUUUGUCUUAUAAUUUUUGUGUCUACUGUUUCUGAACCAUUGCCAUGCAUUUCACCAUAUAGUUACAUUCUCUUUUAUCAUGUAAAAACUUUAAAA